CCUUAUAAUAAGCAUCUACAAAAGAUGGGGUGAAGAAUGUGAAUAACAAAAUCCAAAUGAGCAACGAUUAGCGAUAAAUCAACAAUAAUUCAGAACCAUUUCACUAUAGAAGAGCAUUGAUUCACAGAUAUUCAGCAAGGUAGAAAAUCGAAAAUAAGGAGAGAAGUUCUCUUCCUUCUAGACUACAUCUUCGAUUUCCUCACUCUAGAUGAGCUGGCAAGCAUGUGAUUGGUCAACAAGUUCUUCUGAUAUGUAGCAACAAUGGAGAAACUAUACAUUAAGUUUGGCCUUGUAGCUUCAGAAAGCCAGAUCUCUGAGUCUCUUUGGAGCUACAGAGUUUCAGAAGUCCUCGCUACGCUCAAGGCUCUGAAUAAAAGUGCAUCAAGUUCGGUUAAACCUACUGAUUCAAAUUGGAUGAUCAGCAGUUUCCAGAAAAGGUCCUUAACAAAGAAUUCAGCAUAUUCUUUAAACAAAAGUUCUGAGGCGAACCAACUUAGGAUCAGUAAUAAGUUAUCAGGGAAGAAUUUGACGAUACUAAAUAGGUCUAAAACCUUCUUAAACGUUUCCAGUGAAUCUCAAUUUAGAAAAUCUAGUUUUAACCACGGAAACACUACGAACAAGAAGAAAAAGAGGAAUAAUUUUCUGAAAUUGUCUCAUUCUCGGACUAUGACUAAUAAUGAAAAUAACAUAAUACCAAUGAAUAUAGACAAAAGUGAGAAAAGGAUUAGCGAAUACUCAUUUGAAACCUCCCAAUACAUGCCUGUGAAUCUUAGUAUUGAGGGUUCAAACCUAAAGACGCUUAAGGAGGAAUCAAUAUCGGAUAGAGAGAACAAAGAAUCCAAUCAUUCGUAAAGAAGGCUACCUUUCUACAUCUGUCUAUUUUAUAUUAUUUUGAAAAUUUUCCUGCAACAGCCAAAAUUUAAAGGAUGAAACAGCAUAAUGGAGUAAAGCUAGUUUUCGAAAUCCUUCGAAAGCUUACAAAAAUCACUCAUCAGAUUUUUGAAGAGUCUAUCCUUUAAAUUUUUGAAAAACUCGGAUGAUCACCAACCAGGGCCAAAUUUUCAUUAAUAUAAUUUAAUAAUUAUAACCAAACUUUCUUGCC